CUUUAUUGUAAAUGUGGGUUUUUGUAGAACUAAAUGACAUUUUGGAAAGAAAAUUGUAUUUAGACAAAAUAUUUCGUGCUAGCUGGAUAUUAGGAUUACACAGUUUUGAGUGUAUAUCGGAGAAUAAGUGUUUAUUUGGAUACGCAUUGUUUCCAUAACUUUAUAUUUUGGUUCGACAGCACUGUAACCCUUACCAAGAAGACAAUUGAGCUUUGGUGAAUGAUAAAGAAAUUUGUGGUAAAGAAGAAUGAUUCCGAGGCAUCCAUUAAUAUUCAAAAUAAGUACAAUUUGUGCGACCAUCCUUCUCAUUGGUUUAUUAUUCUAUAGGAGAGACUCUAGUGUUAUAAUUAGACGAAAUGUUAUUGUUACCAUCGAGCCGACUAACUUUGACGAACUCGAAUAUGAAGAGUCAAAUACUUCGGAUGAUCAAACAACGACGACAACGACAGAUUUGCCUUCCACGACGAGAAAUCAGGUUUAUAUAAACGGGGGCGGAAUAGAAUUUAGUAUUAACCAAGAAGCGUGUUCAAAAGAUCGCUAUCUCAUGAUCUAUGUUCACUCUGGUCCAGAGAAUACAGAACGCAGACGCGUGAUCAGGAAGACGUGGGCAUCGCCGGAAAACUUAAAAAGACACAAAGCGAAAUUAGUGUUUGUAAUGGGAGAAGUCGAUGAUGAUAAUGUUCAAACAACGCUUGAAACUGAAAGUGAACUUUAUAAAGAUAUUAUACAAGGGAACUUUACGGAUACUUACCGAAAUUUGACGUAUAAGGCAAUAACUGGGCUCAAAUGGGUUACUGAAUAUUGUCCCGGUGCAACUUAUGUUUUAAAAACUGAUGAUGACAUUAUUGUUGAUAUUCAUAGAGUAGUUCGUUUAAUGAGGUCUUACAUUGAACAUAAGUGGGGUACGAGCAAAAUUCUUGCUGGUUAUAUCUGGAAACAUAUGAAUGUUGAUAGAAAUAAGACCAGUAAGUGGUAUACAUCAGAUAAAAGAUUUCCCCGGGAAAAAAAUUCUUUUUUUAAAAAUACUGUUCGGUUUUCGGCAUAUCUCAUAAAGAAAUGA